UAUGGCCGAACUUAUGGCCGGAAGUUGGUAAUUUUCUAGUGCGAAGUUUGAAAAUGUACCAAAUAAGUCUUUCAGUGUGCUUAAUUUGUCUCAUAAACACACUUUUCUGAUAGUUCUCCUUACACUUAAGAGCCAAAUAUAAUGUGUUGAAGUAGCUACCACAAUGUCUGUGUCAACAGAUUCUUCUGGUCCUGUCACCAAUGGCAAUGUGACGCCAUCUACAAUAUCAACAGAACCAAGUAGAAGCAACAAAGAUGAAGAGGAUGACUGCAUGAAGGAGUUGUGCGCCAACAAUGGAAUUAACUACAGUAAGAUACAAAAUGGAGAUAUUUGUAACGUUGACAAACUGGAGAUGUUCUUUUCUGGGUAUCCAAAGAUUAUUGGCAUGCACCUCUUUCCCAGUCUCAGUUGUUUGGUUAUAAUGGACCAACAGGUUGCCAAGAUUGAGGGUCUGUCAACAUUAGCCCUCCUUAGGGAGCUUUGGAUCUGUGAUUGUCAAGUCAAGAAAAUAGAAAAUUUGGAGGCGAAUAAGAAUUUAAGGAAACUGUAUUUAUAUGGAAACAAGAUUGAAGUAAUUGAACACUUGACCCACUUAGGAGAACUUGAGAUUCUGUGGUUAAAUGAUAAUUGUAUAGUUAAUAUUGAGAAUAUUUCCAUGCUGAGCAAACUGAAACAGUUGAAUUUAGCAGAAAACAAAAUAACUAGAAUAGGUCACACGUUAGACAGUAAUAAAAAGUUGGAAGACUUGAACUUGUCAGGAAAUAAUAUUACCUCACUCAGGGAAUUGACUCAGUUAAUGAGGUUACCGACCUUACACAGUUUGAGUUUAAAGGAUCCAAUGUACACUCCAGCACCUGUCAGUCUGUUGUGUAAUUACUCUACCCAUGUUUUGUUUCACUUACCAACCCUCAAUACACUAGACACAUAUGAUGUUAGUAAAACAGUCACAGAUGUGGCAGAGGCUACAGUUAUGAAGAAAAGAAUGUACUAUCACAUGCGUGUGAAGACAGUCCACAGAAAUAUGACAGAUAUUCUAACAAAAAUGGAUGUGUAUAAAACCAAAUUAGAAGAAUUUCCACAUGAAAGAAUAAAAUCCUUGUAUAAUGUGUUAAAAGAAAUUGAAACAGAAUUAGAAGACACUUGGGAUUUAAAUGUUGACCUUGACUUUGAAGAGGUUGUUGACCUUGAAAAAAUGGAUAUUGCAACACAGGCCAAAGCCCAGAAAUUAGAGGAAACAGGUGGUUUUGUAGCUAAACAUACAUGUCUAAAGGAAAGGAUAAGAAAAUGGGAAAGGAAGUGCCAUGAAAUUGAGUGUUAUUAUAAUGAGGCUGCUGCUAGAAUAAAGAAAAGUGCUGAUGUAAUUGUUAAUAGAAUGUUAAUAGAACUAGAAUCUGGAGGAAAUGUCCGCUUUGAAGAGGGUUCACCUACAGAUAUUUGGUUUUCCUCAUGUCAUGAUUUGGUGCUGUCCAGAUUUUGUGCUAGUGAUUAUAAGGAUCACAAUGUAUCGGGAAUCAAAAUCCACAGAAUUAUACGGAUACAUAACAGGAUGUUACGGACACGGUUUGACGAUAUCUUGUCUUCCAUCGUGGAUGAUCCUGAUGGAGAAUACUAUCCAUGUAACAGAAAUACAGGCUACAGAAAGUUAUUAGAAUAUUUAUUUUGGAUGCAGGACCCCCAGUUAUCUAAUGGUGCUAAUGAACCAGGACAUUUGUUAGAGGAAGGUUUCCUAGAGGCUCAAACAUACAGUGAUUUGGGAAGAGAUGGUGCUGUUUCUCUUAGUAAUAGUUUGAGUUUAGCUGAUAGACAUAGGAUAGAACAUUUAACCAAAAAUGGCAAGAAUUCAGACUAUAGUGAUUCAUGUCCAUUUAGAUAUGGUCAGUUGGUUAUAUCUAAAGUUUAUCUUGGUAAAAGUGUCAAAGCUUUAGAUGAUAGACAAAUAAGCAAAAGUUCAUAUCCAAAAAUAGAUGCUGUGUUCAAACCAAGGAAGAUGUGUAUUUCUAAUGAAGGUGAUACUUUAUGUGAAUGUAGCGCCAGACAAUGUGAGUGGUAUUUAUUUGACAACAGACUUGUACUGCCAGAAUAUGUGGUAGAGUUUGAAUAUGUCACUAAGUUUAGAUCCAAGUCGCCUUUUAGUUACUUCAAUGAUAUGUUAUUAGACAAUCGAGAAUGUCGGUUACCGGCAGUACCUCAUGCGGAUGAUGACAAGUCAGCUGAUGAUGAUGUCUUAAACAUGGAACCUCAAUGUAAACCUAGACCAAGGUUAAUAGCCUUGACAGAAGAACUAGUCCUGAAACUUGCCAAAGUAGAUAGCAUGUCCAGUAUCACAUCACUAAAUCUCCAUGGAAAUGCAUUGUCAAAGUUAAAACCAAUACAUAGCCUACAUAACCUGAAGCGUCUGGUAGUCAGUGGUAACGAGUUAACCAAACUGGAUGAGUUGUCUAAUAUGUGUAUUGAGUAUUUAGAUGUUAGUUUCAAUAAAAUUUGUACUUUGGAUGGUCUGAAGAAUGUCCACAAGUUAAAGUUUUUAGAUUUAAGUUGGAAUAAAUUGUGCAAUACAAGAGAAGAUUUAUCAAUACUUAGAAAACAUGUGCCAAACCUGCUGAUACUGGACACAAGACAUAAUAACUGGCAAAAGCCAGAAAAUCUUCGUCUCAGAAUCAUAGGAAGAUUAAAGUCACUGACAUUAUUAGAUGGCUCUUGUGUAUCUGAGACUGAGGCUACAGGUGCAUUACGUAUUGCAGCUGGUUCUCGGAUAUCCCAUUUGUCAUUACUGACACAUACAAGGACAGACAACAAUAAACCAAGAUCAUUAAGUCUAAUGACAACACCACAUAUACUGGAGAAAAUCAGUCGGAGUAAACCAGAGAAAAUGAAUGAACAUGAUAGCCACUGGUUUCUCAAGGUUACAUCACUGAACUUAGACAAACAACAUUUAACAAAGUUAUCAGGACUGGAAAAACUAGAGAAUCUAAAGUGGGCAUCCUUUGCUGAUAAUGAUCUCACGAAGAUAGAGGGACUAGAAAACUGUUUAAAGUUACAUGAAUUAUAUUUGGAUAAUAACUGUUUAUCAAAGCUAGAAGGAAUCGGUAAAUUGAUUCAGCUACGCAGAUUAAGUCUGGACUCAAACUAUAUCUCCACACUAGAGAAUACAGGGGUACAGUUUCUCACUGGCUUGUGUUAUCUGUCCCUGGAAAAUAACAAAAUUGUCUCCCUUGCUGGUGUACAGAAACUGAUGUCGUUGGUAGAAUUAUAUGUGGGCAACAAUAUACUGAAUUCUGUUCGAGAAAUCUUCUUUUUAAAGACAUUACCCAAUCUUGUGAUUAUAGACCUGUAUGGAAAUCCUGUGGUACAUGAAAUGGACAAUUACAGGCUGUUUAUUAUUUAUCAUCUGAAGACAUUAAAAGCCUUGGAUGGUUUAGCCAUUGAAGCUACUGAGGGUAGUAUAGCCAAGGAUACAUUUGGUGGUCGGUUGACACCAGAUUUUGUUGCAGAGAAGUUAGGUCAUUCUAACUUUGAAGAUGUUAGAGAACUUGAUCUGCCAAACAGUGCCAUUCGUAUUGUUGACUUGGGUCUCAAUGAUACAUUCCUUAAUCUUAGAAGUGUCAAUCUUGAGCACAAUAAUUUGACAUCAUUUAGUGGACUGAUUCAUCUUCCAAAUUUACGGGUACUUUGUUUAAAUCACAAUCAUAUAGAAUGCAUCAUGCCUCGUUCUAAGCCACAACAGAACAAAAGAGUUGUAAGCACAAUAAACAAUAACAGAUCAGGAGAUUUCUUCAAUAAUAACAGUACAGACUCUAUGACACCAGUUAUGGAGAGCUUAGAGGUUUUACAUCUUGGGUAUAACAAUAUAAAAGAUAUGGCUGCUUUACAGUUGGGUAGACUGACAUCACUCAAGGCUUUGUUUUUACAAGGGAAUGAAAUUCUGAAAGUAGAAGGGUUAGAGGGACUGCAUGACUUAAGAGAGUUAGUGCUGGAUAGAAAUAAGAUAAAGAACAUUUUUGAGACUUCCUUUAUUAACCAAUGGAAUCUACAGGAACUUCAUAUUGAAGAGAAUCGUAUCAGAGAUUUAUCAAAUCUACAUUGUUUGGAACAUUUACAGAGGCUUUACCUUGGGUCUAAUAGAGUUCAGGAAAUAUCAGAACUGGAGAAGUUAGAUAAUUUAGUAAACAUGAUAGAAAUAUCUUUGGUCAACAAUCCUGCUGCCAGACGUCAUCUUCACAGACCACUAUUAGUGUUCAGAUUAAAACAGUUAAUGGUUAUUGAUGGUAUACCAGUCAAUGAGGAGGAAAGGACAAAAGCUGAAUUAUAUUACAUGGAUCAACAACAGGUUAACAUGGUUGAGGGAACACUGCCAGGAAUCAGUCAGUAUAAAACACAGGUACCAGUCAAAGUGACAACAAUGCAUCUAGGAUCUUCACCCAUCUGGAAUGGAGGUGCCAUAUAUGAUGAAAAUACUCCUGAGUCACUGCAGAGAGGUGGGGGUAGAAGAAGAGGAAAUAGUAAAACAGACAAUGGUACAGGUGUUUUGAAUCGUGGAAACACGAUCGUAGCACCAGGUUAUGGAGGCAUGCGUCACUAUCUAAAUCAAAUACCUUAUGUCACGCCACCUUCACAGAGCGAGUAUGUUGAGUGGUUUUCCAGGAUAAACCAGGCCAAAAACAACAAAAGAUAGCUAUGUGAUGUGAAAAUCAAUGGUGUUAAAGAAUGGUUGUGAGUGAUCUUCAAAAACUGCAUUCCAGCUUAAUCCCUAUUUAUACAUUCCAUUACAAAUCCGUCCACAUGCAAGUCUUCAGAUCUGAGGAUUGUUCUGCAUAAUAAAUCUGUGAUACAUUUAUAGUAGAAUAGCUUUAGUUUUGUGAUAUGGUUUUAAAGUUUCCAUGAAGUCACACUUAAUAAAGUUGAUUGAGUCUCAUGAAAAGAUGUAAUUUAUAAAUGGGGCAUCCUCAUUUUAAUGUUUAUCUGUGAAAUGUCAUCCUCAUGCUCUCUUCUACAACAUAUUUCCCAUAAUUCAUCAGUCCAAGAUUUUUAAAAAUAGGCAUUAAUAGUUCUUAUUGAGUCUGAUUUAUUGUGUUAGAUGACAUGAAAUGAUUUAUGUAUUGUUUCAGGUUAUUUAAUAAUGAUGGACUAAUGGGCGUUUAAAUGUGUAUAUACUUUGUAUUAUAUUUCUGUAGAGAUGUCAUAGCAUUGAUGAUUUUUAAUUGUACAUAUAGACUGUAAAUAAGAUUUUUUUUGGUGUUUACAAUUGUAAAUAUGGGUAGUAACUUAUUUGUUAGAUUUUUGUUAUUCUGUCCGUUUUUUGCUCAAUAUUUUAGUCUAUGUUUUUUAGCUAUUUAAGUUUUGUUUUAAGUCACAUUAGAAAAGCAUUUUUGUGAUGUUUUUAAUGUGUGUGUUACUAACAAUCCAUGUUUUGUUUCUAAUGCGAUGUGGCAUGUUACAACAAAUUUUAUUGGAUGAUGUGUGCCAUCAAUUCCAAGUCUUACUGUUGAAGUCAUUAGCAAGUGUUAUCCAAUUCCAGUGUGAUGAUUAUGGAAUAUUUGAAAAGUUUAAUAAUACAUAUUUUAAUGGUAAUGCAUUAGAAAUGGAUUUACAGUUAUGGAUUUGAAGAGUUGCCUCCAUCAAUUUUGGAUAUGAUUGCUUAAUGUCGCAAAUAAAAAAAAACUGCAUCGACAAAAUAAAAAUACAGCUCUGUUAUUCCUUUAGUCAUUAUUUCGUAAAGGGUUAGAUAAUAUUUAAGUAAAUGUACUAGUAGGUAUGUUUCUAAAUGAGAUUUGAGAGGGAUAAGUCAACGAUAUCUUAUGGGAUACUAGUCAAGAUGACCAACUGUUCACUUCAGCUGUCAUAUUAUUAGAUAUGUGUCAAUCAUCUACAAACAUUCAAACCUUUUAAGUUUUGUUUUUUUUAACUACAUUCCUGAUCAAUACUUUUAUUCAUCAUUAAAAGCCUGAUGAGAAAAUUACUUUUUGUAUGAAUGAAUUAAUGGAUUUGACUGUUGUUUUGUUGACAAAUACAUUUGCAUUGAAACAUUUGAUUAUCAUUAUCUUUUAAUAUAAACAAAACCAAUGAAAUUACCAUAUAUCAUUUGGUCUCUUGUGGAGAGUUUUCUUAUUCACAAUCAUAUCACAUCUUCUUAUUUUUAUAUAAGGAGUCCAUUGUAUGUAUUGGUACUUUCAUGCAAAAUUACUACCCCUAGUUCUUAUCGAUUAAAAAUUAUUUUGUAAGAUAAUGUAUAAGAAAUAUGUACUCGUUUCUUCAUAUUUUUUAUUAAUAUGUGAAACAUGAACAAGAAUACAUAUUCCAGCUUAUAUGUUUUAAUAUUUGAUGAUGCAGCACGCUAUUAAUUUUUCACUAUUAUGCUGUUACACUUGUGUGUUUUUUAAUUGAAUGUUUGUUUACACAUUUGUCACAUGACAGUAUCAUAACACAAAUUGGCUUUCCAUCAAAACUUACGAAAAAUUUAUAAUUAGACAAUCAUUUGUUGGAUUAAUUAGUUAAUAUACAAAAAAUAUUUUAACCCUGUUGAAGGUAUCUUUAUUGGACCUUAGCUGUAAGAGGCUGUAUGUGUAGAAAAUUAUUUUAGGUAGUGAUUUAUAUUUGCAGUAUUUUAUUGAUGCAUGUUAACAUUUAAGGUGACCUUUAAAUUCUGCUGAAAGAUCAAGGACAAACCAAGUAUUUAUUAUAUGUUUUAUUAAAUGGUUGAAAUUCAGUCUGAUUUAUAGUUUUGGUAUUUCAAUACUGAUAAAUGUAUUAUUCUUUGUUUUUAUCUGUUAAAUGUAAAUUGAUGUAUUUCCUUUGGAAAUGAAAAUAUAAAUCAUGGUGUACCUUAUUGGAAAUAAUCAAUUAUUAAUGAUAUGUUCAAGUAAAAAUCUGUGUUAAUUCUUGUCCUUUUAUAAAGGGGAAAAAGCUGAGACCAAUUUAAAUGAGUAAAGGUUAAAUUCAAAAUGUUUUCGAGUUUAUCUUCCAAACUUUAGAAAACAUUUUGUGAGUGAAUCAUGGCUUCCAUAAAUUAGAUACUUCAUAUGGAGAAUUGUAUAACAGUAUUUGGAAAAAGGUU